AUGGCUCGUGGGAGGGCGGGGCUUACCCAGGGAGACCGGGGCGCCAUCCCCAUGGGACGGCGGAAGGACGCGGACGCACAAUCGAGGGGCGGGCUCUGCAAACGCCCGGAAGCGCGCACGCGCAGUUGGCAUGGUCCACGCGAGGCCAUCCGCCACUCGGCCAGCAGGGAGCGCCUGGGCUCUCCGCUGAGACCCGAGUGGGAGUGGGGGACAAGGGUGCGCUCCGCCAGCUCCACCUGUUCAGCCCCCGCAAGUGAGUGUAGGCCCCGCAGAGCACCUCGGCCAACCUCUCCUGGUCCGGACUUCCUGCUCCCCGCGGUCCCGCGCUGCGGCCUUCUCGCUAAGUUAGGGCAGCCUCCGCGCCGGGCGGCACAGCUAGAAGUUCUCCCACAUCUCGUCCAGAAAGCGGAAGGCGCGCGGGAGAGAUCGGGUCACGGCGCCGGGAGCGAGACUCCUUGGGCCUGCGUACAUUUAAUCAGGCCGAAGUGGGGCACCGACCAGGCAAGAGAGCAGCCCUGGGCUCUGUGGGCCAACCGAGGAGCCAGGGUGGAGACAGGACAGUCCAGUCAGCUGCUGCCUGAGCCGCCAACAGAGUUUCCAGGAAGCCAGCACUCAGCCAGGCACCAGGCCACAGGUGAGCCCCCGCACAGCACACUGGCAGAGGCAAAUGUGGGGCGGGGUCCUGGACCACCGGCUGGGCCAUGCUCACCCCUGCAGACAUGGCCUGGUCUGGCUGCUGGGGGGAAUGGAGAGGAGGGUGGGGUGGCAGGAAGUGGGAAGGGGCAGGCCACAGCUCCCCCAAAGCUUCUGAAAAACGGAACUCCAGGGCCUGCAGCCGAUUCAGGUUCUGACUACUCGGGCUCUUCCCCAGCCCCACCCAGGCCAGGCCGACAGCCCUGCAGACCCUCUGGCCUCAGACUGCAGGCUUCUCACCCAUCCCAGACCUGCGCACCCCUGCAGGCCCGGAAGUGGAGAGGCAGGUCUGAGAGCCCAGGGCUCUCUGGGCGGGCUGGACUCUUGCCCGAAGAGGGGCCCAGCCUGUAGUGGGCUUCAAAGGCUACCCAGGGGAGUGGGCAGCAGAGACCCUGCAG